AUGUCAGCAGAGCAGCCAAAUCAACAACAUAAUUAUCAACGUUUUUCUGAUAGAAAAAAAUUAAAAGACUUGCCAUUUUACAGACGAUACCCUAGAACAUUUGCAAUUACUGGAAGUACAAUUGGUUUUUUGAUCUUGUUCAGUAAAGGCUUUUAUGAUAUUUUUAAACCAAAUACUGCAGAGGAUAUAAAAAGGAAAUUAGUUAUCGAAAAAAUAAAACAAAUAAAUCUUCAAAAAGAACUUGAAGCAAGAGGAGCUGGAAGAAAAUAG